UUUACACCGUAGAAGAUCGAGAAGAAUCAAAGAGGACAAAGUCGUGACUCGUGAGUUGUAGAGUGGUACACUGCAGGAUAUCCUUAAAGCUUAAUCGUCUAAAUUAGGGUUAUCAACAAACGGAUUCAUCAAGAUUCUCUCCACCCAACCAUGAAGCUCAAGCAAUUAGAGUCCUUACUUGGUGAAAUUCAACAGUUCUCCAAUCCUAAGAUUCAGCUGGAGCAGUACCCUACUGGACCUCACAUUGCUUCUCGCAUGUUGUACACCGCAGAGAAUUCUUUUGGAGAUGUUAGUGGCAAGGUAGUGGCUGAUUUGGGUUGUGGUUGUGGUACAUUGGGAGCUGCAGCCGCAAUAUUGGGUGCAGAACACGUUACUGGAAUAGACAUCGAUCCCGAUUCUCUUGAAAUAGCAUCUUCAAAUGCAGAGUAUCUUGAGUUCGAAAUGGACUUGGUUCUAUGUGAUGUGAAGAACUUGGGAUGGAGAGGUCAGGUUGUUGAUACAAUUGUAAUGAAUCCUCCAUUUGGAACACGAAGAAAAGGUGCAGAUAUGGAGUUCCUUUCUGCAGCUUUAAAGCAUGCGUCCAAAGCUGUUUAUUCUUUGCACAAGACCUCAACAAGAGAUCAUAUAAAACGGGCAGCCGUUCGAGAUUAUGGAGCCGAAAGUGCCGAGGUUUUGUGCGAGCUUCGGUACGAUGUGCCCCAACUUUACAAAUUUCACAAGAGAAAAGAGGUCGACAUUGCCGUGGACCUUUGGCGAUUUGUACCAAGAAGUCACCGAGAAAAUGAUGUCUAGGAAUGAUCUGUAUGAAGUUCGUGUCAUAUCUCCAAUGCCACAUAAAGUGAUCACAUCAAAUUUCCGUUGGUGUGAGAGGCAGGAUGAGAAGCAUCAAACAGCUCAUAUGAUCUUUUUCUGUUGAAUGUUCAUAUAUUUCUUGCUAAAAGAAUUGUGGUACUUAGUUCUUAGGUCUUAGAAUUCAUUGGACAAGCCAUUUUCGUUUGUUAAGUGCUUCCUGUCAACGGAUAUGGAAUUUUCAUUGUGAAACAGUAACCCUCGUGAAAAUGAUUUGUAAUGGUUAGAAAAAAAAGAAAACGAAAUUAUACGAAGCCAAAAUUUUCAAUAAUUUGAUGAAACAUUUCUUUUUU